AUCAAUAAUAAUAACAUUCCUUCUUUAUCUUCUUUCUCUCAUCUCUCUCUAAUGCAAUAUGGAUGGAGAGAACAAAAAGAGGAAGAUGAUAAAUGAUAUCAAAGAAGAAGAGGAAGAAGAAGAAGAUGAAGAAGAAAAAGUGAAGAAGUUCUUUGCAUUGAUAAAGAAAGCAGGAGAAGCACGUAAACACAUUAUCAAAACAAACGAACAAGAAAGGAACAAGAUCAAACCUUGGAAACCAGCAUUUGAACCUCAGGAUUUCAUUGAAGGAGAUACCGAUCAUCAAAAGCUUAAAGAAGAAGGAAUAUUAAUGGCUGCCAUUAAUGCUAAAUCUCCAGGACCUUCCAAAAGGAAGAAAGAACCUAAAGAAGAUGAAGACAAUCAUCAUGCAGGACUAGAUCUUAAUCUUUCUUUGUAAUUUUAUUUAGAUUUAUGAGCAUCAAUGAUAAUUUUCUCUUUUCAAG